UGCGCCUUCUGCGAGAGGAACUGCAGCUGCUGCAGGAACAGGGGUCCUAUGUUGGAGAGGUUGUGAAGCCUAUGGACAAGAAGAAGGUCCUGGUCAAGGUACAUCCUGAGGGCAAAUUCGUGGUCGACCUUGACAAGAACAUUGACAUCAACCAGGUCACAGCUAACGCACGUGUUGCCUUGCGCAAUGACUCCUACACGCUGCACAAGAUCUUGCCAACAAGUGGCAAAAUUAAUGUGGACCCCUUGGUGAGCUUGAUGAUGGUGGAGAAGGUGCCUGACUCCACCUACGAGAUGGUGGGCGGCCUCGACAAGCAGAUCAAGGAGAUCAAGGAGGUGAUUGAGCUGCCUGUCAAGCACCCUGAGCUCUUUGAUGCUCUUGGCAUUGCCCAGCCCAAGGGAGUGCUGCUCUAUGGGCCCCCAGGCACAGGUAAGACCCUGCUGGCACGUGCUGUGGCUCACCACACAGACUGCACAUUCAUCCGUGUGUCAGGCUCUGAGCUGGUACAGAAAUUCAUCGGGGAGGGCUCACGUAUGGUGAGAGAGUUGUUCGUGAUGGCCCGUGAGCACGCACCCUCUAUUAUCUUCAUGGACGAGAUUGACUCCAUUGGAUCAUCUAGGAUUGAGUCUGGCAGCGGAGGUGACUCAGAGGUGCAGCGGACUAUGUUGGAGCUCCUCAAUCAGCUUGAUGGUUUUGAGGCCACUAAGAACAUUAAAGUUAUCAUGGCUACCAAUCGUAUUGACAUCUUGGAUCCAGCCCUCCUGCGUCCUGGGCGUAUUGACCGCAAGAUCGAGUUCCCUGCACCCAAUGAGGAGGCUAGGCUGGACAUUCUUAAGAUUCACUCACGAAAGAUGAACCUGACGAGGGGCAUCAAUCUGCGGAAGAUUGCUGAGAUGAUGCCCGGAGCUUCUGGAGCAGAGGUUAAGGGUGUAUGCACUGAGGCAGGAAUGUACGCACUGCGAGAGAGGCGUGUGCACGUUACUCAGGAGGACUUUGAAAUGGCUGUGGCAAAGGUUAUGCAGAAGGACAGCGAGAAGAACAUGUCAAUAAAGAAACUGUGGAAGUAGAAGGGUCUGGGAGGGAAAGAAAGAGGAACUGCAGAAAAGAACGACGAAACAGCUGAUAUCAUUAAGUCCUGUUUAGUCAGUCAAUGUACAGACUCGCAUCAGAUAUUAUUGGCCCAGUGCUUGAAAUUGUCGCGUUGCCAGCUAUUUAUUGAUGUGAUAAUUCCUUGUACGUUAGUCAUUUUCCAGAAAACCUGACAUGGAUGACUUUGUUUUUGAAAUUAUUUUAUCAUAUGGUGUAAUAUCAACCUGUAGGUCAUAAGGAUAAUAAAACUUUAUAAGAAAAGUGAAA